GUUAUAUAUAUAUAUAUAUAGUACAUAUAAUAAAAAACGUAAUUAUUAUUUUACAUAAAAGAAAUAAUAGAAAAUACUAGUUUUUUUAGGGACAAAAUAUUAUUUAAUUUGUAUAAACACUGUAGAUAAUUAUCUGUGAGAUAAAUACUACGUUACAUGUUUUACGAAGUAACGGAUUUUAAGCAUUACAUUAAUUUUUGUUGAUUAUUAUUUUUUUAGUGGUCACGAGGAAAUCUCCGCGCGUAAAAUUUAAUUCUACGAAUAUAAUUCAAAAUUGAAUUUCGAUGUGUUCUAUUUUUCUUAUUGGAACAAUUUAUUUCAUAUUUUGACAAGUAACCAAUAACCAUGUUUAUCAGUGUGCAUUUGUAUGCAUUGUGAGACCGACUGUGAAUAUUUGUGGGAAGUUGGGGUUAUUUGAACAAUUUUAUCAAUGUGUAUUUUCAAUCUUUUUCUAACCAAUGCUGUUUAAAUGCAGUUGCAAAUUAUAGAAACGUAAGACUGCGAACAUCCCUAAUCCCCGCGCUCAUCGGGGAGUAAUUUACAGGGAUAAGAAUAAUAGAAUAACAACAAAAUGAUGCAUAGAAGAGGAGGAAAACGAAUACGGAUGGAUGAUCCGGUGCCUCCAGAAUAUGAUGCUCCAAUGACUCCAAUGACCCCUAUGAAUGAUAAUUCUGGUGAAGCAAAUGAAUCUUAUCCUAAUUAUACUCCUUAUAGUCAAGCACCUCAAACACCCAUACAUAAUCCAACUCCUGAACAUUAUUCAUCUGAAAGCUAUAGUUCACCUGGUACAUCGCAACAUCAAUAUCAAGAACAAACAAGUGGUUUUGAGAAUCAGUCUCAGUUUGAACAACCUAUGACACCAGCGACACCGACUAAUAUGAGGAUUACAAGGAAUACACGUGCUAGGAUGCGUGGAGGAACAAUACAACAACCAAAAUACAAAGAGAUAGAUACAGAUUACAUUCCAACUACUACUAGUAGAGGAAGAGGGGGUGGUGGACGUGGACGUGGAAAAAGAACACAUCAUUCGCAUAGUUUGGAGGAUGAAGCUAGUCUUUAUUAUGUUAUCCGAAAUAAUCGCUCUUCAUUAACAACUAUUGUUGAUGACUGGAUAGAAAAGUACAAAAGUAAUAGAGAAAAUGCUCUUCUUAUGUUAAUGCAGUUUUUUAUUAACGCAAGUGGCUGUAAGGGUCGUAUAACUUCAGAAAUGCAGUCAACAAUGGAACAUGUGGCAAUUAUUCGAAAAAUGACUGAGGAAUUCGAUGAAGAAAGUGGAGAAUAUCCAUUGAUUAUGACAGGACAGCAGUGGAAAAAAUUUCGUGCAAAUUUUUGUGAAUUUGUUCAAAUUUUAGUUCGACAGUGUCAGUAUUCUAUAAUUUAUGAUCAGUUUUUAAUGGAUAAUGUAAUUUCGUUGUUAACUGGUCUCUCGGAUUCACAAGUCAGAGCUUUUAGGCAUACAGCAACAUUAGCUGCUAUGAAACUUAUGACAGCGUUAGUCGACGUUGCUCUCACCGUAUCAAUAAACUUAGAUAAUACGCAACGACAGUAUGAAGCAGAAAGGCAAAAGGCUAGAGAAAAGAGAGCUGCGGAUAGAUUGGAAUCGCUAAUGGCCAAACGAAAGGAACUUGAAGAAAACAUGGAUGAAAUUAAGAAUAUGCUUACGUAUAUGUUCAAAUCUGUAUUCGUACAUCGUUACAGAGACACAUUACCAGAAAUACGGGCGAUUUGUAUGGCGGAGAUUGGAGUUUGGAUGAAGAAAUUUCAUCAAAACUUUUUAGACGAUUCUUAUUUAAAAUAUAUAGGUUGGACGUUACACGAUAAAGUUGGCGAAGUUCGUUUAAAGUGUCUUCAAGCAUUACAACCUUUAUACGCUUCAGAAGAACUAAAAACUAAGCUUGAACUUUUCACAAGUAAAUUUAAAGACAGAAUUGUCGCGAUGACAUUGGAUAAGGAAUACGAUGUAGCGGUGCAAGCCGUUAAACUUGUCAUUUCGAUUUUAAAACAUCAUAGGGAGAUUCUUACUGACAAGGACUGUGAGCACGUAUAUGAACUUGUUUAUUCAUCUCACCGUGCUGUCGCACAGGCAGCGGGUGAAUUUUUGAAUGAACGUUUAUUUCGGCCUGAUGACGAGGCAGUAGCUGGUAUGAAGACUAAGCGAGGAAAGAAACGUUUACCCAAUACACCUCUCAUUCGUGAUCUUGUUUUAUUCUUUAUCGAAUCGGAACUUCACGAACAUGGAGCGUACCUGGUAGAUUCAUUGAUCGAAACUAAUCAAAUGAUGAAAGAUUGGGAAUGUAUGACGGAUUUACUAUUAGAAGAGGCUGGACCUGAGGAAGAAGCUCUAGAUAACCAAAAAGAGACGUCAUUAAUUGAGCUGAUGGUUUGCUGUAUAAAACAAGCUGCCACGGGCGAAGCUCCGGUUGGUCGGGGACCAACUAGGAAGAUUCUUUCUGCGAAAGAAAUGAAGCAAGUACACGAUGACAAACAACGACUAACUGAACAUUUUAUUCAAACGUUACCUUUAUUGCUUGAUAAGUACAGAGCGGAUCCCGAGAAGCUCGCAAACUUACUCGCUAUCCCUCAGUAUUUUGAUUUAGAUAUCUACAUCAAGUCUCGUCAAGAACAAAAUUUAGAUUCGUUGUUAAAUAAGAUUCACACAAUUGUAGAAAAAAUGCAUGAUACCGAAGUUCUGGAUACAGCCUCGAAAACAUUGGAGCAUAUGUGUAUAGAAGGACACGCUAUAUUCACUAGGUGUGACGUAGCGCGUUCAACUUUAAUCGAUUCUAUUGUAAAUAAAUAUAAAGAAGCUAUCGACGAAUAUAGAAAUUUAAUAGAGGGAGAUGAAGAACCCGAUGAGGAUGAAAUUUUUAAUGUUGUUCAGUCCCUUAAGAAAGUUUCAAUAUUUUAUUCUUGUCAUAAUAUGAAUCCCUGGGGAAUAUGGGAUUCUUUGUAUAAAGAUAUCGAAGAUGCCAAGGACCCAUCGAAAUGUUUACCGCACGAAGCGAUCAAAUAUUGCAUAAGUGCAUGUUUCUUUGCCAUCUUAUGGGGACAAAAUCAUCUUAUGGAGUCGGUAGAUUCUGGAAAUCGAGGUGAAGAUGAGUGUCGACAGUUAAAAGAACGAUUGCAUUCUUUCAUGGGCUCGAUGCGACAUUUUGUCAGUGGCGAUGGAAGCGGCACUCCUUCUCCGCCAAUUUUAAGGGAAGAAGCAUAUAAUACGAUAUGUGAUUUACUAGUAGUAUUUUGUAACCAACUGACGACACAUUCUAAUCCUUUGAUGCAUCAUUUGGUAUACGAACCCGAUCAAGCGAUGCAAAAUAUGCUUAAUCGGUUCAUACAAGAAUACGUAUUUUUUGAAGAAGAAGAUGAUGAGCAUGACGAACAUUCAAAGAUUGAAGAGUUACAUAAAAGAAGGAACUUCUUAGCGGGUUAUUGCAAGCUAAUUGUAUAUAACAUGAUACCUACCAAAGCGGCAGCGGACGUGUUUAAACAUUAUGUAAAAUAUUACAAUGAUUACGGAGAUAUUAUUAAGACUACGCUAGGGAAGGCUAGAGAUAUUAAUAAAACAAAUUGUGCAUUAACGAUGCAGCAUAGUUUGAAUAUUUUAUAUAAUGAAAUAAUAGCUGAGAAAGGCAAAGUCAAUAGAAACAGCGAGGAGUUUACCGCUAUAAAGGAACUUGCAAAACGAUUCGCUUUGUCAUUUGGGUUGGACGCAGUGAAAAAUCGUGAAGCAAUUACGGCUUUGCAUCGGGCGGGUGUCCUCUUUGCUAUUACACCUCCAGAUGGCAUCGAACAAGAUCCUACUGGACCACCACCUAAUUUAUCUUUUCUUGAAAUCUUAUCCGAGUUCACGAAUAAGCUUCUUAAACAAGAUAAACGUGUUGUAUUAAACUUUCUUGACAGAAGAUUACAAGCAGGAAUGCCUUCCUCGCGGGGAGAAGAUUGGCAGCCUUUGCUUUUGUAUAGAAACAGCCUUUUGCAUGGUGAAACGGAUCAAGUUCCAGUAACGAGUAAACGUGCUUACACAAGACGUAAGAAGGAUCACUUAGCUGAAGAAGAAGAAGUAGAUGAGCCUGAAGAAGGUUCUGAUCAUGAAUUUUCUGGUAAACACAAGAAGAAACGUGGUCCAAGGAAACAUCAUUUGAAUCUUCAUUUCAGAUUAGCCGUUAAUAAAGUAUCAAUAACUCGUGGAUCUAGGGCAGCUGGAUUUUACGAAACUAAUGACGCUACACAAAUGCAGACGUCCCCAUCGGCAAUUAUUGAAGACGCGUCCACCAGUCCUUCUCAAGAUAUAGAUAAUAAACUAAAGACAUUGCAGAUUCAAUCGAGACGAAGAAGUCAAGAUCACGCGGAGCCAAGAGAAUUAAGAAGAACAUCUAGAAAUUCUGGUCGCUACGUAGAAGGUCAAUAUAUGGAAUCAGAUUCCGAAUAACGAAAGAGAAUAGAAAAAUUGUAUUGUACCCAAGUUGACUGAGUUCCAAGAGGAAGUGAUUUGUGAUACAUUUUUAAUGCACGUAUCGGAUUGAAUAGGUUUUAAAUAACAUAAUAUACAAAACAUAUUCAAUCAGUUAUACAUGCAACACAAAAUAAGAAAACUUUACUGAUUUUAAGUUUUCAAGUUACUAUAAGUGUUUCUAAAUCAUUUAUAUAAAAUAUUUUUGUUAUUUAAAAUUGCAUACACUUUUCAGUCAACAUUGUAUUACAUAUGACAUACCAUUCAUUUCAUAAUAUCAAUGUUUUUAUAUUGUCAAAACAUUCAAGUACUACUGUUAUUAUAAAACUAUUUAAUUAUUGUCUAAAUAAAUGAC